AUGCACUUCGCCUGGUGCUUGGUCCUGAUGUUCGGAGUGCCGGUGCGGGGCCUUCGGGAAGCCGCCGAGGCUUUCGAGGCCCGCGACAACAGCUCGCUAAUGGACCAUUGCUGUUGCAGAGACGCGCCUCAAGGCAUGCUCACCGUUCGCGAUUGUGCGGCUUACAAGAAAGAGCCUGAGAAGCCGUACUGGUGGCACGAAGGCAGGGAGGGAUCUGUCGACAGGUGCUGUUGGAUUGAAGGUGGACUCGGGUGCAGUGGCAAAAGCACCAAAGCCAGUGACAACUAUUGCGAUGGGUCAGGAGGAAAUGUCCAUCUUGACACCAGCAUCAAGCAGAGAGGACGAGACAACGGGGAUGUGUGCUGCUGCAAGCAUCAAGUCGAAAGGAAGGAUGCCUUGACGGACAAGUCUGAGACCGUUGUCAUGGAGCACGGAGAUUGUCAAAUGUUGAAGCAAAUACGAGCGGAUCGCCCUUUCUGGUGGCAUGCCGCAGAACCAGAUGGUCACCUUUGCUGCUGGACAAGUGGACAUAACUGCGUGCAUACCACAAGUGUUCUGUUCACUGUUCAUUACAACAACGGAGGUGACAGAAUCUCAGAUGAUUCAGACCGGGCGAGGCUUUGUCCUGAUGCAAAGUGGGCGCAAGAGGUGGAACCUCACGACAAGACCCUCGCAUGGAACUUCGCCGGAAUUGAGCUGGAAAGGGAGAUGCACAAUGCACUCGCAAAAGCCAUUUUCAAUACGGUGCUGGGGGGUGCUGCAGCAGGUUCGGGUGUAGAGCAUCUACAAGCGCUCGAUGCCGCAAACGGAAUGACUGCACCAGUUGGUUUUGCAAAGGCCGCUGGGGGCCCUGACCAAAAGAGAGUUCCCAUGUCCCCGACUGCACCAGUUCUUGCCCGGCAUUCUCAUCACCGAGGGCCCGGGAAGGGAACGUGGGUGAUCGCAAAAGCUGCUGGGCGCCUCUUUCGGGUUCCCGACGAUACCACAAACUGCAAGCGUUCAGACGAUCCAUAUUUGCACGUAAGUGCCGCUCCAGGCACCGAUGAGUAUCUCAUCGCAUGCGCAAUGCUGCGAGAAGACAUCAAAAGGGACUAUGAGUGGUUUGAGUUGCACUCGUUUGCCGAGGGUGGCAACGUGAUACGGGAUCCGGGCUGCCCCCGAGACUAUCUGAAGCCUGAAUUUCGGCACGGCUUUCGCAUAGGUGCCGAGAAGGGCACCGAUGACUACCGUGAGGCAUGUCAAAUGUUGCGGGGUGUUGUGCCGUUGAAGGCUGAGUGGAAGCACGACGAGUGGGACGCCACUAGCGGCCACUACGUUUGGGUCAUACGGCCCCCCUUGCCGUGA